AUGGUCCGCAUCACGACAUGGAACGUCAAUGGCAUCCGCAACCCGUUCGGCUACAAGCCAUGGAGCGAGAAGCGGACCUUCAAUGCCAUGUUCGACAUACUGGAAGCCGACGUUGUCGUCAUGCAGGAGCUCAAGAUCCAGCGCAAAGACCUGACCGAUGACAUGGUGCUAGUCCCUGGCUGGGACUGCUACUUCAGCUUACCGAAGCACAAGAAAGGCUACUCUGGAGUCGGCAUAUACACCCGACAGUCUGUGUGUGCGCCUAUUCGUGCCGAAGAAGGUUUGCUCGGCGUCCUGUGUCCACCUGGCUCUACCACGCCAUAUCGUGAGCUUCCCCAAGACGCGAGCAUCGGCGGCUAUCCCACAGCCGCUCAGGUUGCAGACCUCGGGGUCGAUCCAGCCGCUCUUGAUGCAGAGGGGCGUUGUCUUGUCAUUGAGUUCCCAGCAUUUGUACUGUUUGGCGUCUACAGCCCAGCGAACAGCAAUGGUUUGCGAGACGACUUCCGGUACGGAUUUUUGACUGCGCUCGACACACGUAUCCGCAACCUCAAUAACAUGGGCAAGAACGUCAUAUUGACCGGCGAUCUGAACGUCUCACGGGACCUCAUCGAUACAGCGAGGGCAGAGGACAGCAUGCGCUCUGAAGGCAUGACGCACACCGAGUACCUAAGCACGCCGAAUCGUCGUGUCUUCAACCAACUACUGAUGAAUGGCCAAGUCCCAGGCGAGCGGGACGAGGGACGCGAAGCACCUGUCUUGUAUGAUUUGUGUCGCGAAUUCCAUCCCGAUCGCGAGGGUAUGUACACCCAUUGGGAGCAGAAAAUCAAUGCACGGCCUGGCAACUUUGGCUCACGCAUCGACUUUGUCCUAUGUAGCAUCGCAAUCAAGGACUGGUUCAAGGACUCCGAUAUCCAAGAAGGCUUGAUGGGUUCAGAUCAUUGCCCGGUGUAUGCCUUGAUGAAAGAGAAGGUGUCGAGAGGGAAAAUGCUUCACGCGGGUGUGGCUGACAUGGAGGACACCCAGGAAGAAUUCCAUCUGUUAGAUUUGAUGAACCCACCUGGCAUGUACAAAAACGGUAGGCGACAGAGGGACUACAACCCGGCAAAGGAUAUGCCAUCCUUGAGUGGGAAGCUUCUGCCGGAAUUCACAAAGAGGCAGAAUAUUCGAGAUAUGUUCAACAAGAAGCCAUCGCUCGAGAACUCGUCUGUGUCUCAUUCAAGCAACAUGGGAGCGCAUGUGGUCACAGCUGAAGCACCUGCCAUACCGCUGUCCGCAGCGAUCCAGAGUCCAGACAAAGUCUCCACGCCCUCCCUUGAGACUUUCCGGUCCAACUCUACUUCGAACAAGAGUGGACUUUCCAUCCCUCUGAAAUCUCCUGAAAAACGUCGGGCUUCCUCAACAACGCCCAUGAAAUCUGGGAAACGCAGCAGACUCGGUCUUCCAAAUACACUCAACGGUACACAUCCCAUGGCUAAGGGCCAGCAAUCUUUGAAGGGCUUCUUCCAGAGCCGAACCAAUGCCUCAGACUCCAAGCCAGGUCAAGAGGAAACUCCAUUGGUACCUUUCACUGACGCAGCAGUUGAAACUGCAGAAAACCGUACCUCUUUGUCCCAAACAUCGAAUACCAAAGGUCCUUCCUCCUCCCCACCAGCUCAUGUCCAGACCGAUCCUUUGGCUUCUCAAGAAGCCUCGAAAGAAGGCUGGACAAAGCUUUUUUCAAAGAAACCCUCACCGCGGUGCGAAGGCCAUGCAGAGCCUUGCAUCAUGCUCACGACCAAAAAGCCGGGAGUCAAUUGUGGCCGGCAGUUCUGGAUGUGUUCCAGACCGAUUGGGCCUAGUGGUCAGAAGGAGACUGGGACGCAGUGGCGUUGUGCGACCUUCAUAUGGGCGAGUGACUGGAAAAGUUAA